AUGCUGUCAGCCCUGUUGAGGAGGAUGCCAGAACUAGAGGUGUGUGAGAUUCAGCAGCUGGUCAACUGUCCUGAGUCGUUCACCCCAGACAUGCGCUGUCUGAUGGGGGAGACACCGGGGGUGCACGGCUACUUCGUCCUGGCUGGAAUGAACGCCUCUGGCCUGGCCUUCGCUGGCGGAGCAGGAAAGUACCUGGCAGAGUGGAUGACGCAUGGUUACCCCACGGCUAACGCCUGGCCCCUGGACAUAAAACGCCGGCAACCUUCAGAGCAGCCGAACCUUCCUCCGACACAGGGUCAUGGAGGUCAUGCGUGAGUCCUGACCAGAGCA